GAGCAUUUGAGUUAUUAGUGCUGAAUUUGCUGUCGCGAAAGAUUGAAUUUCACGUUGCAAGGAAAAAGAAAGCAGAGGAGACAUAAGAGAUGGUGAUAAAAAUCAGUGAACACAACAAAUGCUCAAUGUCGCGUCAAGAGAUAAUUGGCAAUAGGAAGGAAUUCCGCAUAGAGAAGAAUGAGGCACAUUUGCGCAUCGUUGGCAACGAUAACAGAGUUUACAUUGGAUUUAACACUGGUUUCGUGGACAUCAUCGGCAACUGCUCGAGGAUUAAGGUGGCCAACAAUGGUGGGAAUGUUCAGUAUACUGGCAAUUGCGGACACAUCAGUAUUGGCUGUGAAAGUGCAAACACUCAAGUAAAAUACACCGGAACUGGCGGGCGUCUUAAGUUGGUGAAGGAAGAAUUGCUGCUGAUGUCAUCGAAGAGGAAAUCCACAAAAACCACCCAAGCAGACAAAGAGCAGCAAGAAGAUGAGCAGAAGAAGCGAGAAAAGCAGCAGAGUUUAAAGGCCAAAACCUCAAAAAAUGACGAUGUGAAAAUCAUUUCAAAUUCCGGACACAUUGUCAUCAAUAAGACAAUCUUCUCGUAGACAAGAUUAGCUCAAAACAAUUUUAUUUAUUGUGUAUGAAUGAUUAGAUAUUAUAGUGCAAUUC